AUGGGAAUGGGAGGUGCAAUGGGGAUGUAUUGGUGUCCAAAUGGUACUGGAUCCUCAGCAGGAGCAUUCUUGAGCCUUUGGGCUGCCUCCUGGCACUGGCGCAACAAUAGUGGUGUUCAAAGUAAAAAUUGGGCGGCUCUGAAAACGUGGAAUCUACGGAACAUUCAGCAGGCCCAAGCAGGGUCUGAAAUACAACCUUCAUGCUUACGACAUUCAGAACAAAUCAAAGCACGUAUCAAGACUAAUAACACUUUACAUAUGGCUGUACCAAGGCCCCCACACACUAAUAGGGGCAAACCACUAUUCAUCAAUGACACCACCGACUCUGCAGCUGCCCCUGCCACUACCUCCACCACCCCUGCUGCCAAGUUUAGUGUCAGGUGGGAGAUCCACGAGUUGGAUCGCACCAAUGCCCUUGUACAAUUCCUUGACACUCAUCCUGCUGACUGCUGUGUGCUCUUCAAUGAGUUGAAGAAAUCUCGCGAUCCCGCCAUCAGUGAACCUGAUCCUUCGGGGAGUCAAAAGAAUCACAUCUGGGCGGUGAUAGCUGAAGUUACAUAUCUUUGA